AUGAGUUUAAUCAUAACAGAUUUAAGAAGCCUAAGCAGGAUUAUAACAAGGCAAAAUAAGAGGUUUAGAUUAUUUGUUCAGUUACUUGAUAUUUCAACAAAAAGCUCUAAGCAUGACUAUUGUCGUAAUUACGAUUAUAAAUUAACAUUAGGUAAUAUUAAGGAACUCAAUUCUACUACUACAACUGAUUAUACGAAUCUAGGCGUAUUUUGCGAUAUUCAAGUUAUUGAAAAAAUUACAUAUGAUAAUGGGUCUAUGCCAAUCAUUGGAAGCUUAUUGGACGUUAGAGCUAUUAGUGUUUACAAUGAAUCUAAAAUAGGAAAUAAUGAUAAUCAAUUCAUUUUAGAAUGUUUACAUAUUCGAAUUAUUAAUGGAGAUGAAAUUAAAAGUUUAAGAAAAUUUUUAAAUACUUCAAAGGGCGAGGAAUUUUUGAAACAAUAUGCAACAAGCUACCUUAACAAUUCUAAUGGAGCGAGCAAAUGA